CCGAAAAGGCCUAGUUGCGCCGCUGUACAUCGCGUUUUGUAUCCGUCAUAGAUAACAUUCUUUGGCCCACCCUCCCCUCCUAUAUAUUUUGAAUUGUACAUGAACGUGAUUCCUAAUAUUUUAUUACAUAAAAGUAAUAUUAUUUUUACUGUUUCCCAAAUUGAUUCAAGUUAACCCCAGAUAACUAAUAUUUAUUGUUUUCAUAAAAAUAAAGAUGGUUUAAGAAGAAUGUGAUGAACUGUGGGGUGGAGGUCAUUUAUCUCCCUCCACUUUGGGCGGAGGAGGUUGGUCAAGAGAAUUCCAGGACACAGGUGGUCGGGCAAGAGACGUGAAGGUCACAAGGGGUCGGGCAAGAGAAAUCGUAAACAUGAAAAUGCGAUUGAUGUCAGCUUUUUUAUUCUUUUUUCUCUUUGUUAUUGUCAGUGGAAGUAUAUCCUAUAUCUACUUGAUCUGGACAAACUAUUGGUUAAGAAUAUCCUCCCUGGAAAUGACGAAUAGAAUGAACAAACCUCGCCACGUGUUGGACCGUGUAAACCAUGAAAAAAGCCACCGCAAACCGAGAUAUGAUUCCCCUCGCCAGCUUCCGGUCGGAAACCAGCCUGCACCUAGACCCAGGCCUAAAUAUAAAUCAAAGGAGGAGAAGAUAUUACCGGGCAGGAAGCUCUCUGUGUCCGAGUUGCCCAAGGACAAGCUGUACGCACACAUCAAGGUCUACAAGGAGCAGAUCUACGCACAAUUGCGUAACACGGUGCUGGACGCCGGCAAGCAAGUCCAGUCUGAAUCCUUUCCCAACGCGUACAAUGUAACGUACAGUGGUCGCUACGGAGAAAAUGAUAUAAAACUAUCCCCGCGUGAAAUACUGUGUAGUGCUAAGAAGCACUUGAACAUUCGAACUUUUACGCGUGAGAACAAAAUGUUUAAGAAACUAAAGUUGGAGCGAUUUUUUCCGAAAAAUGAGUUUUUAGAAAAAAGACAUUUUAAUUCGUGUGCGGUUGUGACAAGUGCCGGGUCCCUCAGAAAUUCUAAUUUAGGAUCUUUCAUCGAUUCACACGAAGUAGUUCUACGGUUUAACAAUGCUCCAACAGGCGGAGAAUACUUGAAGGAUGUUGGAAGGAAAACUAGUAUCAGAGUUGUUAAUAGUCAAGUUGUGGCUAAACCACAGUUCAAGUUUCUCGAGUCAAAGAUCUACAGUAAAUCUGCUGUACUGGUGUGGGACCCUUCUGCGUACAACUCGAGUACCGAGGAUUGGUACAACAAGCCGGACUGGCCGUUCUUCGAGCAGUUUUUCUCCAAGAGGUUGAUGCAGCCGGAGGACUCAAUGUAUCUGCUAAAUCCGGAUUCUCUGUGGAGUAUGUGGAACUGGUUACAGUCCUUGACCCCUGUCCCUCUUCUACCCACCCCUCCCUCCUCGGGGUUCCUGGGUCUCCUUCUUCUCCUGGACCACUGUUCAGUCCUACAUGUUCUAGAAUAUAUACCCUCUAUGAGACUCACCAAAAGAUGUCACUACUAUGAUACCGAGGAGAACCUGGGCUGUACACUGGGGGACUGGCAUCCACUCUCUGCUGAGAAACUGCUCGCGCUUCGUCUUCACACAGGAUUCUAGACCACAGGAUAUCCAACAUAAAAGUUCUGACCCCUGGAUGUCAUAUUGGCCAAAUUGGUCUUGUAAACCCUGUAAAGUAGAUUUAUAUAAUUAAAACAGUUAGCGUGUAAUUUUACACAAAAGCAGAUUUCUGCAAAAUGAGAAAGAGUAAUGAAUUCAGCCUAAAACUUGCUGCUGUACCGUUUAAUCCUUUUAAAGAUGGGCAACCUUUAAAUCUGUUAAUAAAAAAAACUGCGGUUUUUAUAUUAAGAUGGUUAAAAUGUUGAUAAAAGACCCAAUCGUUCGUCACGAAUGAUACAUUUAGGCGUUUGAUUUUGCGUAGAUAUUAACAGCAAACGUGCAGAGAACAUCAUGUUAAAAGGAAUUGUAAGCCUUUUCUUCAAGUAACACUACAUACAAAUUGAUGACACUGCAUGAUUCACAACGGUACCCUUUGUCUGAUCAAAAAUGUGGAAGAUAUGGUCAUUUUUCUAGAUUUAAAUGUUUAAAAGGGGGAUGAUUCUUAAAUGUUUUCCUCCAGUAUAAAUGCUCAAGUUGAGAAACCACAACUCAAAACAAUUGUUUUUUUUAAACAUAAACAAUUAAACAUUUUUAUCUAUUUCAUACUUGAUCAAACAAAGUUUUUAAGGGUACCGUUGUGAAUCAGGCAUUGCCAUCUUUGCAUGCUUAGAAGUAUUACUCUUACAGCCCUUUUAACUUGCUUGAUUUGUGUGGUAAAAAAACUAGAAAAUUCUAAAGAACGGAUCUUGAAGGUCGACCGACCCUAGUACAGGGUUACCCAGAAAGUAUGAUACUUUAGAGACGACUAUACUGAAUUUAUACUAUCUGUUUCCUUAUAUUUAGGAUUCCCUGAAAGUGUAAAAUUGUUUGUUUCUGUUGCCAAAUCAUUAGAUAAUCCAUUAAAUUAUUAUAUCUAAGGCCGAAGACUUAAUUUAACCUUGGUAUCGUCAUAUUUUAAGAGUUUCAGGUCGUCUUUACAGUAUCAUUCUUUUGUGGAUAACCCUGUAAGUUGUUUUUAUAUCUUACGAAUGCUUCAACUCCAUUUUUAAAAAUUAAAUCAAAUCUAUUUUAGUCUAAUAAGAUGUAUGCGAAUUCAAUGCCAAACAUUUAUGUUACCUUUUAUACUUGCCAAAUACUGUAUCUCGUUACCAAAUAAUUCAGUAGUACUUUGUUUAUGUUACCUUUCAUACUUGCCAAAUCUGUACCUCGUUACCAAAUAAUUCAGUACUAGUUUGUUUUAAUUUCACAUGUUUAUGUUUUAUUCAUUUUUAAAAAUGUUUUGUUAUAGUUUUCAUAGUUUCUUAUUAAAUGUGCCGAGCACCCCCCCCCCCCCUCUGAAAAACAGCAACUUUUAGUAAAGAUAUACCUUUCCUAACCUAGAAUAUUAUAAUCACAGGAGUUUAUCUUUUUCUUCAGAAGGAGAGGAGGGGAUCAAAAAACUCUUAGGAGUUUUAAUAAUUUAUUAUUUAUUGUUUUCCUUCCCUUACUUUACUUUGAUCUCAAUCUCGUGUAUUUCUUUUACAUUGUUACAAACAAUAUAGAACUGUUUUAUAACUACCUCAACACGUCAUUAUUUAGAGAUGUUAUAUUAUGAAGAAUCCCCUCCCCCCCCUCGACACUCCACCAAAAUAUAUAUAUUCAAUGAUUUCGGGGGAAAAAGAAGAAAAAUUAACAUGAACAUUAUAGUUUCAUUUUGCCAAAAUAAAGGAAUCCUGUAAAUCCCAAAUAAAGCUUAAAAAAUGUUCUAUAUAUA